AUGUUGGGAACCAGUGGUAGGGGCAAUAAACUGUGUGCACAGGUCCUCCACGAGAGACGCGAGCUCAACCUGAAGCACCAGCAGCUGGAGCUGAAACACGAGCAGGUUCAGAAGGAAUACGACGAGCUGCAGAGGAAGCAGACCGAGGCCAUUCUGGACGCGCAGCAGAAGAGCGGCCUGAAGGAGCUGCUGCUGGAGAGGAAGAUAACAGCAGUGACUGAAACACUCGAGAGGGAGCAGCUCAAACUGUGGGUGGCGCUCGCCUUCGGACAGGGAGACCAAACGGCUGCAACACACAUUAAGGAACUAUUUGAAUCCAAAGACGUCGCCAUCAAGGCCUUGAAGGAAGACGUGUCUCGAGAUUUAAAGGAGUAUGACGACUUGGUGAACAAGGUGAAGGCUUCGGGCACCUCUGUGAGCGAGCAGCUCCCACGGGGCGAGAUCAGAGCAUCCAUCAGGAACGCCUCAGAGAACUUUGACAACGUGAUGCAGGAGCUGAAGACUUUGAGAGUCUCUGAGGAAAAGGAAACCCCGGCGGGACCGAGUCCAAACUCUGAACUCUCAGAGGAUCUUCUGGCGGAGUCCGCCGUUUGA